ACCGCUAACCGGCGUCGCCCCCCGAGCCCGGGAGAGCCGCCGCCGCUCCGAGCUGUACACGCGGUGGCUGCCAAGGGAUCGUCUCGACAGGUUUCCAGUUCCUAAGACGAUGGCAGUGUAACUUUUAUAAAUAUUUCCAUUGAAAAAAACUGUUCUGAAAGCAGAAGUACAUAGAGAAGUACUUGUGUCUGGAUGGCAUCUGUGUUGUUAUGUGAACCUACGAGAGGUAGGCAAAUCUCUUGACUUGACCAUCCUUUCAGUGAUGAAACAACAUUGGGAGUUAUGGACAAAAACAUUGGAGAACAACUUAACAAAGCUUAUGAAGCCUAUCGACAAGCAUGCAUGGAUAGAGACCAUGCUGUGAAAGAACUACAGCAAAAAACAGAGAACUACAUGCAGCAAAUAUGUGAACAGCAGGAACAGAUAGAGCUUCAAAACAGCAUUAUUGCAAAACUGAAUUCACAGUUAGCUGCUCUGAAUGCUAAUAGAGGUAAUGUGCAUCCCUACAUUCUGAGGCAUGAAGACACUGAAACCUCCAACUUAUCUUUUAGCCAGCUCUCUGAAAAACUGAAUGUAGCAAAGCGAAGAGAAAGGCUCUUAAAGGAACAGUUAGAAAAUGAGAGCAUGAAGUUGAAGCAACUGGAGGACAGAAACAGUCAAAAGGAAAGGAAGCUUAUGUCCAUUAUUUCCAACCAAGAAGAUAAAAUACGAACUCUGAAAAACAAAUUGAAAGAAUUAAAUGACGUCCAAAAGGGUACACAGAUGCCAACAUACAAAAUAGAGGUGAAAAGUAAGAAAGUUGUUCCAGAUAAGCCUGAAUUAUCUAUAGGGAUUUCUGGUAUUUCACCUUUGCCUGAAAGGGAGAAUCUGGAGACUAUUUUUCAGGAGAUGAAAGAAGAGUGUCAUCGAAUAUGUAUGCUAGCCAGAGAACAAACAGACCAACUGAGUAAAUUUAAAAUAAAGCCAGAACCUGAAACUGAAAUACAGUUUUCCAUGCCAAUACAGUGUACUGAUAAAACUGAUGAACAAGCAGAAGAGCUUUUUAAGCCUCGGGUUAUGCAGGAUAUAAAUAGAGGUGCAUCAUGCAUCACAUCUAUCACACCAAGAGGAGUGGGCCAAGAUGAGGACAACAACUCUGUAGAAUCGCUUUCUAAAUUUAAUGUCAAGUUUCCACCUACAGACAAUGACUCUGCUUUCUUGCAGAGCACUCAGGAAAAAGUAACAGUUCCUUGCUCUGGUAUAGCUGAAAACAUGCUUCAAGAUCAUCAUUUUAACCGGGAGCACAGAGACCGUGCUGUUAACCUCAGUAAAUUGGAACCUAACUCAUUUGAAGCUCAUGGAGUUGAUCUCGUGACCUCAGCUUUACAAAGCUUAACUACUGUUGACAAAACAAACCCUCCAAAUCAUGCAAACACGCCCAUAGAAAAUACUCGUGACAAAACAUGCUUGAAAACAGCAGACACUGCUUUCACGUUUAUAUCUAAGCACGCAAGCCAAGGUGCGCCUGAAGUGAUUUUUCCUUCUUUUGAAGCUCCUGGAACAACCGUCAGAGGUCCUCAUCAGCUCAUUUGGCAGCCACAGGACAAUGAUUUGCUGGCACAAACUUACACAGACUCUGAACUGAAUCAGCGCGGAGUAUGUGAAUUCUGUCGAGAAGUUUUCCCACCAUCUCUAACAUCUAAGGAAGAUUUUCUUCGGCAUCUGAAUUCCCACUUUAAAGUACAGUCUUAAUACACGAGAAUUCAGUGGGUCACUGUUUUUGCAUACACUUGUUUGUGUUUUUUUAUUAUUAUUAUUGAAUAGAUUUGUUAAGAAUUUAAGAAUUGAGACUUCCUGUAACAAGAACUAACUGAAGUUGUCAGAUAAGCACAUUUUUUUCAUUGUUGUUUGACGAGGUAAAAUGAAACUGCAAGUCAGUACUGUAAUUCGCAUUACUGCUUGUCAUGCUUCAAUAUUGCCAUUGGGAUUGUGGUUAAAUUUUUUUUUUUCCCAGUUAAUGUUUGCCUGAAUAGGCUCGAAGUCAUGAUUAUAUUUAUCAGUACAGAUUUGCAGGAUUAAGUCUUUAAUCUGGAAUAGAAAUUGGUGUACUGCUAGGAUUUCUUCUCAAUAUCCAGUGAUAUGAUUCUCUAAUUGAAGGGAAUGUGAAGGAGAGGUAGGCUCUCAUUUCUAGUUUCUUUUAUAAAAUUUGUUAUAAAAAAUAACAAUUGUGAUAAUAUACCUUUCUAGCAUUAAUCAUUAGUUAAACUAUUUCAUGGAAAAUAUUAAUAUGAAGGAUGGAAUAAGAAAAGCCUGAAGGGUCCCUAAAGGUAAGAAUAUCAAAGAUGGAAAGGUUUACCUUUUCUUCUGGUCUGCUAUGAAGGAUUGUUCAAGUCUGUUAUGGCUUAGACAGGCCAGAGGAAAACCUAAGCACAGAAAUCUCAGUAACUUCAGUUCUAACCUGAAUAUGCAGAAUGGUUUUCUCAAUGGAAGUUAAAUGCAUUUGGCUGAAACAUUGCAUUUUGAUAAAGUUUGCACAUUUUAUAGAUUUAUUGGGUUCAAAUUUAAAAGUCAUGGGUUUUUUACUAAACAAUUUAUAUUAAUGAUAAUGAGUGACUUAGAGCUUUUGGCAUUUGAACUGAGUAUGAUUUUUAGCCCUGAUUUUUGAUAAAAUUAGCAUUAAUAUUUGUAUAGCAGCAAAGUACAACACUUUUUAAAGAUUUUUUUGCAGAUGAUCUUUUUCUGUGGGGAAAAAAUAUAUACCUGCGUAAUUUUUAGAAUGGAUUUUUUUGCAGUUAUUUGUUCUAUUUUAAAUAUCUCAUGUUUGUGACUGGCUGUCAACAGAGUGUACUGUAAUAAACAGCAGUGCACAGUGCACGUCUGCGUUGUGACCUGGAGAAAGACUUUGUUCCUGUUAGCAGCUCUCAGCCCCCACUGGUAGCAGUGCUGAGGGUUCGUUCAGCACCCGACUGCCCGUGUGGCUGUGAUGUACCUUGCAGUACAACUAGGAGGCUGCUGAGGAGCCGAGUUUCCAGCACUGGGAGGGAAGGUGGGGAUUUGCACGUCUCCAGCCUAACCCACACAAAACCAACUUGUCCUCUCUACCAUGAAAUCCUAGCUCAGAAGCUCACAUUAUUAAGCCUGCAUCACCUGUGAUUCACCUUUAAAGAAAAUAAAGUCAUCUGUCCCCUGGCA